AAGAAAGAUAGCUUCAGGUUUUUUCACUAAUUUCUUUUGCUCCGCCGCCGAAAGCAACCACCAUCAGCAGCAGCGGCAUAGCCGCCGGCGACGAAUAGUGUAAACAGGUUUUUGUUUCUAGGAAUAUGGACACAGCAAAUGAGACAGAGAGGAAUUUGGAUGGAGAGAACAAUGUAAGAAAAAGGAGCAGAAAAAAAUCCAUGACUGGGAAUGGAGCAAGAGAACAUAAGGAGCAAUUACAGAAACUUCAGCAGAAGGACCCAGAAUUUUAUGAGUUCUUGAAAGAGCAUGACAAGGAGUUGCUUCAAUUCAGUGAUGAGGAUAUUGAUGAAGAUGUGGGUACUGACAUGGAAGAUGGAGAUCUGCAGAUAGAUGAGGGGGCCAGGGAGCAUGAGACUCAAGAAAAGGAACAAAAACCUUCUAAAAAAGUUAUAACUACUUCUAUGGUUGAUUUGUGGUGUAAAUCAAUUCAAGAAAAUGGGAGCAUAAGCGCAGUUCGUUCCCUGAUGAGGGCUUUUAGGACAGCAUGCCACUAUGGCGAUGAUGGUGAGAAUGAGUCUAUGACAAAGCUUAGUGUAAUGUCAAGCACUGUGUUCAACAAAAUAAUGAUGACUGUACUUAAUGAAAUGGAUGGAAUACUAAGAAAUUCGUUGAAGCUUCCUGCUUCUGGUGGAAAGAAAGAGACAAUAACAGAUUUAAUGACCACAAAGCCUUGGAUGAGUCAUGGCCAUUUAGUGAAGUCUUACCUUGGAAAUGCGCUCCAUGUUUUGAACCAAAUGACCGAUACAGAAAUGAUAUCAUUUACUUUACGCCGGCUUAAAUAUUCUUCAUUGUUUUUGGCUGCUUUUCCUUCGCUCCUAAGGAAAUACAUUAAGGUGGUCCUUCAUUUCUGGGGUACUGGUGGAGGUGCCCUUCCGGUUGUUUCGUUUCUAUUUAUGAGAGAUUUAUGCAUCCGUAUUGGAUCUGGCUGCAUUGAUGAAUGCUUCAGGGGAAUAUAUAAAGCCUAUGUUUUGAAUUGCCACUUUGUAAAUGCAGUGAAACUUAAACAUAUCCAUUUUCUUGGCAAUUGUGUCAUUGAACUUCUUGGUGUGGAUCUUCCAACUGCAUAUCAACAUGCCUUUAUUUUCAUCCGGCAAUUGGCUAUGAUUUUAAGGGAGGCACUUAACACAAAAACAAAGGAAUCUUUCCGCAAGGUUUAUGAGUGGAAAUUCAUGAACUGUCUUGAACUUUGGACCGGUGCAGUCUGUACCUACAGUUCAGAAUCUGACUUUAUGCAACUUGCAUAUCCACUGACCCAAAUAAUUUCUGGGGUUGCUCGUCUAGUUCCCACAGCCAGAUAUUUUCCCCUUAGGCUGAGAUGUAUCAGAAUGCUGAACCAGAUUGCAGCUUCUACCCAUUCUUUUGUACCAGUGUCUAUGCUUCUUUUGGACAUGCUGGAGAUGAAAGAGUUGAAUAGACCCCCUACAGGAGGUGUUGGCAAAGCUGUUGACUUACGCAGUAUACUGAAGGUUAGCAAGCCGACCCUAAAGACACGAGCAUUUCAAGAAGCAUGUGUUUUUUCUGUGGUUGAGGAGCUUGCUGAACACUUGUCUCAGUGGAGUUAUUCCGUCGCAUUUGUGGAGUUGUCUUUUAUUCCACUUGUGAGGUUGCGUAGCUUUUGCAAAUCAACCAAAGUUGAGAGAUUUCGAAAAGAAAUGAGGCAGCUUAUACGCCAGAUUGAGGCAAAUUCGGACUUUGUGAAUGGAAGGCGCAUUUCAGUUUCCUUUUUACCUAGUGACCCUGCUGCAUCAUCUUUUCUUGAGGAUGAAAAGAAGUCAGCCUCUAGUCCACUGUCAAAGUACGUUAUAACACUCCGCCAGAGAGCAGAACAAAGAAAUAAUUCAUUAAUGGAAUCCAGUGUUCUUGUGGGAGACGAAUCCUCUGUUUUUGCGAAUGAAAUAUCAGAAAGUGAUGAAGAGGAUGAUGCUAGAAAGAAUGAGAAAGGCGCUGCUGUCUUUAGUUCAUCAUGGUUACCUGGAAAUGACUCUAAGAUAAAAAAUCCUACAGAAACAAAGAGAAAGAAGAGAAAGCAGCAGAAAGAUAGAGCCAUAGAUGACGAUGUUGUGGAGGACUUGGUACUUAGUUCUGAUGAAGAUUGGCCUUCAAGCGGUAGCCCUUCUGCUGGGAAAGAUGAUAAUGUAGAUCAUUUACCUCCAAAACAAAAACGCAAGCAGAAGCACAAAACAAAAAGGUUGAAAAAUAAAUAAAUCUCACGUGGGAAGGAAAGAGUGACAUGUCUAGUUAGCGACCCCUCUCACUAUUCAUACCUCUAUGGGGAAAAUGAGAGCGCCAAUUUUUGUAGUUUUAUCAAACGUUUGCAUUUUACCUUCGAAGUAAAGACAUAUAUCUGAAUGUAAUGGCAGCUACAAUUAUAACUGGUUUUCAGGACACUUUAGUUCCAGCUGCAA